CCCUUUUUUGUGCCAUGCCCGACUCGCUGGGCGGCAGGCGACUCUCCUUAUUAUCUUGCCUUUGCCUCAUCCCCCUUCCUUUCCUUCUCUCCUCCACACGCUCGAGGUCAACUUUCUCACGUUAACAGGGCUUUGCGCAUCUUCUAAUUCCUCAAACCACCGCUUCACUCCUUCAGCGGGCAUUCUUUUCUGCUCUAAUCUCUCUAUCCUAUAUACCCAACAAUUAACAUUCCUCCAUUUUUCUCGAGAUUGUCCCUCCUGGAAUUACUCGCGUGUUGUUGAUCGACGAUUAAAGAGAUCAUCUUUUUUCAUUUUCCACUUCGUUCUUCAGUAUGAGGUAUUCGUUGUUCGCCGUCGCGGCUACUGCUUUGCUUUCUGGUUCGGCCGCCGCUCGGGGGCACCAGCACCGCCGCCAUGCCCACCCACAUGCUUUGGCUCCCCGUGGUGAGUGUGAGGUUAGUCCUCCUCAGUGCAAAACCUACACCAGCUCAAUUUUGGUUCCUGUUGGAACUGUACCACCAAGUGAUGCUUCGACCGUUAAGCAGACCAUGACCGUGGUCCCGGUUGUUGAGCCAACCACCACUAUCAAGACCACAGUGACAUACACAUCCACCUCAACCAAUGUGGUUACUGUCACUAAGCCCAAGUCCGCGAGCGUGCCUUCAGCUUCUUCUGCCCCGGUUGUCCCUACCCCUAUCGUGACUGUCUGCCCGACACCUGGCACCUACACCAUUCCAGCCCAGACGGUUGUCCUAACAAGCACCGAGACUGUCUGCGUUCCUGAGACUACUUCGCUACCUCCUGGAACUCACACUAUUGGAGGUGUUACCACUGUUGUCCACACUGCUACUACCGUCGUCUGCCCGGUUGCUGCUGUUGAGACUGCUAGUGGUGUUACUACCAGCAAGGUUGUCCUGACCACCUAUGUCUGCCCCACGGCUGGUACCUACACUAUUGGUGCUUCAACCACCACUGUAACCGGAACCGUCACUGUCCCUUGCACGUACCCAGUCCCAACCGCAUAUCCUCCUGGAACCUACACCCAUCCUGAGGUCGUUACCACCGUUACUGUCACCAGUGCCGUUGUUGUUUGCCCUUACACCACUAAGGGACUCCCUACUUCGGCCCCGGGUGCCCAUACCACCACCCCUCUGCCUCCUGCUAGCACUGUCUCGGCCACUUCCGUUGCUUCAUCUGUUGCUCCAACCACCACCCCGUUGGCUCCUUCUAGCACCGCCUCCGCCACCCCCGUCUCUUCAUCUUCUGCUCCAUCGAGCUCUGCUACCAGCAAGCCGGUAUCUGGCGGUGGUCUUUGGGCUAUUACCUACUCGCCAUACACCGCCAAUGGUGGUUGUAAGACCGCUUCUGAGGUCUCUGCAGACAUUACCAGUAUUGCUUCUAAGGGAUUUCAGAACAUCCGUCUAUACUCCACUGACUGUGAUGGUCUCAAGAACGUUGGAUCUGCUUGCGAGGCUAAUGGUGUUGGUAUCAUUCUCGGUGUCUUCAUCAAGGCCGGCGGUGUCUCCACUGCUGAUGAGCAGGUUAAGGAUAUCCUUGAAUGGAAGAAGUUUGAAUUGGUUGUUCUCUUUGUUGUCGGUAAUGAGGCUGUCUUCAAUGGAUUCUGCACUGCUGAGGAAUUGGCUGCCUACAUCUCCAAGGUUAAGGGUCAGCUUCAGGGUGCCGGGUACACCGGACAUGUCACCACUGCUGAGACACUCAACAUCCUCCAAGCUCACGGUAGCGUUCUUUGUAGUGCUAUGGAUGUUGUCGGUGUCAACGCUCAUGCCUUCUUCAACCCUCAAAACACUGCCGAAAAGGCUGGUGAGUUUGUGAAGGGUCAACUCAAGCUCGCCUCUGAUGCCUGUGGUGGAAAGCCAGGAUGGGUUCUGGAGGCUGGAUGGCCCUCAGCAGGUCAGCCCAAUGGAAACGCUGUUCCCGGUGCGGCGGAGCAGAAGGCUGCCAUUGCCUCCAUGGUCAAGGAGUGCCCUGGUCAAAUAACUUACUUCAGCUUCGAGAAUGACUUGUGGAAGACGGCAGGUGCCUUUGGUGUUGAGCCCAAUUUUGGUUGCUUGGGUGUUUUCUAAACGGUUCCAUUCUCUACUGAAGAAGUCUCACAUGUACAACUCUAAACUUCUUGGAUACAAUAAUUUACCUCUUUGCCAUUUAGUCCUUUUUUCCUUCCCAUUUGUGCAGUGAGCGGUCGUUUUUUUCGGCAUUAUAUUGAUGACUUUUCUUUGUGGGUUUUAUAUACUUUUAUUUUUUUCUAAAUUUCACUUUUCCUCGUCGUAUCUUGGGAGAUAUCGUCCAGGGUUUUGGUGGAGAUGCGGUGUGUGAUUGGUAUGAAUUGUCCGAUGUACUGUACUCGUAAUGGAUCUCGCAAGCGGGGUA